AUGUCUGCUUGCGCUUGUGAUGAUGUCCGUCUGUGGGGCGUUAGAACCGCUUUGGAAGUGAAAGGAGAGUGUUGGAUCUGCAAGGACUACGUACCUCUCCUUAGCCCAAGGCAAAUUCGAUACUCGCUUCGUCAAGAUCGUCUGUCCAACGCUUCCAAUGGAAGCCGUUCCAGUGUAUCUAAUGGAUCUGACAACGUCAUCGAGAUAGUUUACCAGCUUGAUUACAAACGGGUGAAAGCUCAGCGUAACAUUAAAGUGCUUAUAGAGAAUAAGCUCCGCGACGACAGAGCUUCCAUCCGUGAUGCCCUUUACCUUAUUUAUACUUACAACGGACCUUUCCUCCAAAAGGUUGGUGACAAAGGUAAAGCCGCCGAUUUUUUGCGUCGAGAGGGUUUGGGUGCGAUGUUUGUGAAGAUGGAAGAUCAAGAAGUCAAGUGGGAGUGGCUUCAAAAUCGGGUCAAUGAUGGUGAAGAUGAGAUUCACCAUGUAUAA